CUAAGUUCCCUUUAGGGUUUUCUUCUUCACUAUACACACUCAAUGCUCUUCUCCUCCCAAUCGCCGCCUCUGAUCUCUCUUCCUCACCUUUCAGAUUAGCCAUUGUUUUGUUACAUUAAUUUGCCUGUUAUGUCCAACAAUCUCUUGCCUCAGCCUUGUAUGCAAAUGGGUCAAUUCAUCAAUGUUGAUACUACUCCAGACCUGAUUUCUAAUCAGAUCUCUGGUGGGAGGCAGGAUUUUCAUGUAAUGUUGCCUAGUGCUGUUGGUUUAGGAUCAGUGAAUAUGGAUACAACUCUGUUACCCGGUAAGCGGAAAUCUCCGUUGCAGCAAUCUGUGCAAAAUAAACGAAUGGUACUACCUAUGGAACAUAGACCAUGGGCUUCUGCUCCAAUGCCGGUGCAGUUAACUUCUGUUUCCCCCAGGACACAGUAUUUGCCUGCAUCAUUUGUUAGUAAGAAUAGUUCUGUUUCUUGUAAUAAACCCGGGAAGCAAACUUCGGCGAGAAAACAGACUUCGCAGAAACCGAUGUUGCUGAAACCUCAGAGUGAAUCAGCUGGAUCUGUUAGGUUUAAAAUGAGAGAAUCUUUAGCUGGUGCAUUGGCAAUGGUACAGUGUCAUAUGGAAGUUCCUAAAGAGUCGAAAAGUUUAGAUAGUGAGACUGCAGCUUAUCCUCUCGAAGGUUAUGUUAGUGAGCCAGUGUCAGCUGCUUCUGGAGUUGAUGUUAUGGUAUCUAAUGGGAGCACAGAGAUUCUGACCCUCAGUGAUCCUAGUACUUUAGAAGGUGUCUCUGUUCAGACUGUGUUACCGGAGAAUUUGAUUAUCACCAAGACAAGUGAUGCCCAAAAAAUUCUUGCACAAGAACCUGUGGCUAUUAAACCGUUUGUGCAAGACAAUGUUUCUUAUAGUGACAAUGUGUUUUCAAAAGAUGAUCUUUUGCAAGGGAAUGACCUCUCUUGGGCUCUUGAGUCGGAUAUUGAUUUUACUGUCAAUUGUCAAAAUGAUAUGAUUGGAGCAAUGGCUAAUGAUGUGAGCCAGGAGAAAUUGUUACUGGAUCCACAAGUUUUGGCAUUCGAAAUAGAGGCAGAACUGUUUAAGUUAUUUGGUGGUGUGAAUAAGAAAUAUAAAGAGAAAGGAAGGUCUCUCUUGUUCAAUUUGAAAGACAAAAGUAAUCCUAAACUCAGGGAAAAGGUUAUGUAUGGAGAAAUUGCAGCAGAGCGAUUGUGUUCCAUGUCAGCAGAAGAACUUGCUUCAAAGGAACUAGCCGAGUGGCGACUAGCAAAAGCAGAAGAGAUGGCUCAGAUGGUUGUUCUGCAGGACACAGAGGUGGAUAUCAGAAGCCUGGUAAGGAAAACACACAAAGGAGAGUUCCAAGUGGAAGUUGAACCAAUGGAUAGUGGCUCAGUAGAGGUCUCUGUUGGAAUGAGUUCGCUUAACUGGUCUCGACCAAAGGAUAUUAAGAAGAAAACCCCUUCCAUUACUAAAACACUUGGAAUCAAGAAAGAAUUCAACGGCUCUGAUGAGGGCGAUGGCCAAAUAAACGGAGUCACUAUAGAUGAUGAGAUGCAGGCUGCCACUGGAUCUCUUCCUCCAAUUGUAUCUCUUGAUGAAUUCAUGUCAUCCAUAGAUUCUGAAUCUCCGUCUGUGUCAGAUAAUAAUGAUGCAGAGGCGCUUUUAGUUUGUAUAUCACCCAGAGAAAGUGCUAUUAUUGAUCUUGGUACAUCACCAGUUAAGACUGAGGCAUUUUCACCACUUAAGGCUGAGGAUGGUGACAUAGUAUCGUUAAAGCCUGAUUCUGAUUUGAAAUCUGAAAUUAUAUCUGGUUUCAUACCUGAUGGUGAACGUGUAUGGGAAGGUGCGCUCCAGCUGAGUGCUUCUACUGUGAGCUCUGUCAUCGGCAUUCUAAGAAGUGGCGAAAAGACUACUACUAAAGAGUGGCCUAUGUCGCUUGAGAUCAAGGGUAGAGUCAGAUUAGAUGCAUUUGAGAAGUUUGUUCGAGAGCUCCCAAAUUCCAGGAGCCGGGCUGUUAUGGUUAUGACUUUCGUCUGUAGAGAGGAAUGCUCAAAGACAGACCAAGAGAUCAUUUCCGAGGUGGUGGAUUCGUACACUAAAGAUGAGAGGGUGGGUUACGCAGAACCGGCUUCAGGAGUUGAGCUAUACCUAUGCCCAACCCGUGGGAGAACCGCAGAGAUUCUAAACAAGAUUGUUCCGAGAAACCAACUCGAUUUCUUGAAAUCUUUAAAUGAUGAUGGUCUUAUAGGUGUUGUUGUAUGGAGAAGACCACAAUUUAAAAAACCACCACUAUCUAACAACAACUCUCACAAGAACCACCGUGAAAAGGGUUCUUCAUUAACCACAUAUAAUAUGUCGUCUCGUUACAGUAACAUGCUACAGGUCAACCAUGAUGAUGGUGAUGAUGUGCCACCGGGGUUUGGUCCAAUGACCAUGGCUCGUGAUGAUGAUGAUGACUUGCCUGGAUUUAACUAUUUUUCUGGUGGAGAUGUUGUCAUGAACCGGACAAGCCGGUCUGUAUCCGUGAGAAAGCUUAUUCAAAAAUAUGGAAAAUCUGAACCUUUGAGAAACCAAAGUUAUAAUGAUAAUGACAAUGAUAUACUACCAGAGUGGCAGCCUCAAUCGAACCACACUCUUGGGGUUAAUCAUGUAACUGGUGGCUCGAUGAAUCAGCAGUCUAAAGCAAUUACCAUGGUGUCUCCGAAGCAGCUCGAUUUCUCUUCCUCCGGUGGUGGUGGUGACUCCGACGACACCCUCUCCCGUCGAAAAUCUCCACGGAAUCCUCCCUCAAAGCGUGCUGCUUCCGACGCAUUAGAAGCAGAAGCAGACGAGGAGACUAUGAAAAAGAAGAAGAAGAUGAAGAAGAAGAAGAAGAAGAAGACAGUGGGUCCGCCGAUGUUCGUCCGGAUCUGGAACGAGGAAGAUGAGCUCGCUAUCUUAAAGGGAUUAGUUGAUUACAGAGCUAAGACAGGAUUCCAAAGCAAAAUUGAUUGGGAUGCGUUUUAUCGUUUCCUCGGAGUUUCAAUCGCUGCGAAAUUCUCCAAGGAGCAGGUUUUGAGUAAGAUCAGGAAGUUGAAAAGUAGAUUCCUUGUCCAUUUUGAGAAAAUCAAUCAAGGGGAUGAUCCGAAAUUUACUAGGGCUAGUGAUUCUGAAGCCUUUGGGUUCUCCUCGAUGAUUUGGGGACAAGAUGACGGUGAAUUUGGUAAUGAUGAUGGUAUGGAUAAGGAGCACGAGACACCAGUUAAUGGGGCAGCGGAAAACGGGACUGCUCAGAACGAGAGUGGGGAGGAGAUGUUGAAGGAGCAUGAAGAAACCUUAAAUGAGAAUGGUGCAACGAAAAUAACAGACAACGGGACUGCUCGAAAAGCACAGCAGAGCGAGAGCGAGGAGGAGAUGUUGAAGGAGCACGAGGAUGCGGUGGCUAAUACUGAACCCUUAAAUGAGAAUGGGGCAGCGAAAACAACAGACAACAGGAUUAAUGAGAAUGGGGCAGCGAAAACAACAGACAACGGGACUACUGCCGGAAAGGAGAGUCAUGACGAUGAUGAUGAAUUACUCGCUGUGAGGGAUGCAUUUGAGGCUGUAAUGUUGCAAGGUUUAAGUGAUUAUCAAAAGAAGUUGCAGCUUGAGAAGCUGAUGAACCUUGGAACUGGAAAAAGAAGAGAGUUGAGCGAUGAAUGGAAAGCGUUAUGUGUUGAGGAACGGAAAUUGAAUAUCAAGAAGCUUAGAUUUUCUGCCAAGCUUGCAGAGGCUGCAAAUGAUAGUUAGAUGAACCAAUAAGCCGUUAUUGCAUUUGGUGUUGUUUAGGUUCUUAGUAGUCGUAAGUUUUCGAAUGUUGAGUGUAAUUAUCUUUGGAUGUUGCUUUGUUCGUUUGGUGCUCUACUUGGGAAAGUGUUUGUAAGAUAUUUUAGUUCUUCCUGAAGUAUCCAGAGGAGCCAUGUCCGUUGUUGGAUAUAUAAUAAAUUUCAUAACUUUCU